UAUCAACACAGAAAGCCAAAAUGGCAGAACUCAAAUGGAUGUGUCUUUCCUUCUCAGUAUCUCUUUUGCUGAGCUUAGCAGUUGGAUCCCAUGACAUAGACUCUCGGAAAUGGUCUGUUGGAAAUCACUUUGGUUACGAUGGGGGCUUUUGUCUUCCUGGUCUCUGCAUUAGAGGAGCCGGUGGCAGCAGAGUCAAUUUUGGCCGUGGUGGUCGCGGCAGAAUUCGAUACAAUGGUAAUAGGGACAGGACUGGUUUCAGAGACACCAUGUACUGCAAACCGCUGACUUGCUUGUCUGGAUCAUGCGAUGCACUCCAUUUGCAUUUAGACAAAGGGCUGUAUGAAUCUCUCGUAAACAAGAACGCAGCAAAACAACUAUCAACUGUUGAUUACAACAUCCCCGAGACGUUCAAACACAAUAACGUCAACAAUAAUUAUGAUGUGCAAGAAGCUGCAAUGACACCACAAUCUAACUAGCUAAUGAAGUUUUUAGUCUUUUGUCGUUUGGUUUUGUAAUAAUUAACAUAAUUAAUCUCAAUAAAUCUCAUCAGACUGAGAUGUUGUUAUCACAGUGGAAUAGUUUACUCGUGUAAACAGAAAGAAAUAAUAAACUAGUAGAAAACAAAUUUUACUCA